AUGACAUCGCUACUUCACAAAAAUUUGGUAGUUAACGAACUUUUUCAUAUUAAACAUCAGUCAUCAAGCGACGAGAUACAGGGAGCGAAACAAGAUGGGGUUUUUUACCCCUAUAUUCUUAAUCGCUUUAGUGUACUGGUCAGUACACUCCCUACUCUGAUGAUGAUGAUGAACUUUAUUCAUAUGAUGUUCACAAUGCAAUGCUUAGAAUUCAUCUCUAAAAAGAUCUUCGUUGUCCACAAAAUAUAUCCACAAACUAUGUCCACAAAAUAUGUCCACAAACUAUGUCCACAAACUAUGUCCACAAACAAUGUCCACAAAAUAUGUCCACAAAAUAUGUCUACAAAAUAUGUCCACAAACAAUGUCCACAAAAUAUGUCCACAAACAAUGUCCACAAAAUAUGUCCACAAACUAUGUCCACAAACUAUGUCCACAAAAUAUGUCCACAAACUAUGUCCACAAACUAUGUCCACAAACAAUGUCCACAAAAUAUGUCCACAAACUAUGUCCACAAAAUAUGUCCACAAAAUAUGUCUACAAAAUAUGUCCACAAACAAUGUCCACAAAAUAUGUCCACAAACAAUGUCCACAAAAUAUGUCCACAAACUAUGUCCACAAACUAUGUCCACAAACAAUGUCCACAAAAUAUGUCCACAAAAUAUGUCCACAAACUAUGUCCACAAAAUAUGUCCACAAACUAUGUCCACAAACUAUGUCCACAAAAUAUGUCCACAAACUAUGUCCACAAACUAUGUCCACAAACAAUGUCCACAAAAUAUGUCCACAAAAUAUGUCCACAAACUAUGUCCACAAACAAUGUCCACAAAAUAUGUCCACAAACUAUGUCCACAAAAUAUGUCCACAAACUAUGUCCACAAACUAUGUCCACAAACAAUGUCCACAAAAUAUGUCCACAAAAUAUGUCCACAAACUAUGUCCACAAACUAUGUCCACAAAAUAUGUCCACAAACUAUGUCCACAAACUAUGUCCACAAAAUAUGUCCACAAACUAUAAUUAA